UACCAAACAGGCCAGAAAUUCAAGAACAUCUACGUUUAUUACGAAGUUUCUUUUAAUUAGUCCAAAAAGAUCAUCAAACAAAUCCUUUGAAACAAUGGAAAAGCCAAAGUUCAAGACUGUCCAAGAGCUGCUUGCAGCCGGAGAAAAACUACCGGAAAGAUACCUCUGCACCCCAACAGGCGACGGAGAAGGUGAUCAACCUUUCAACGUUUCGAUGCCGGAAAUGGAAAUUAUGGUCAUCGAUCUUAGUCUUCUCCUCUCUUCUUCUGAUGACGGUCGAGAAGAGUUGAGUAAACUUCACUCAGCGAUCUCUACAUGGGGCGUUGUUCAGGUGAUGAAUCAUGGAAUUUCAGAAGCCUUUCUCGACAAGAUUCUCGAGCUAACGAGGCAGUUCUUUGUGCUUCCGACCGAAGAGAAACAUAAGUACGCAAGAGAGAUUAGUAGUUUUCAAGGAUUUGGAAACGACAUGAUUCUGUCUGAUGAUCAAGUUCUUGACUGGGUCGACCGCUUGUACCUCAUUACUUAUCCUGAAGAUCAACGACAGCUUAAGUUCUGGCCUAAAAUCCCAAGCGGAUUCAGGGAAACUUUACUUGAAUACACUAUGAAGCAACAGCUAGUGGUUGAGAAAUUCUUCAAGGCAUUAGCUAGAUCGUUGGGGUUGGAAGAUAAUUGCUUUCUAGAGAUGCAUGGUGAAAAUGCUACGUUGGAGACAAGAUUCAACAUGUAUCCUCCAUGUCCGAGGCCGGACAAGGUUCUUGGGCUUAUUAAACCGCAUUCUGAUGGCUCGGCCUUUACAAUGAUCCUACCUGAAAAUGUGGAUGGACUUCAGUUCCUCAAAGAUGGGAAGUGGUAUAAAGCUUCAAUCCUCCCUCAUACAAUUCUGAUCAAUGUAGGAGAUACUAUGGAGGUAAUGAGCAAUGGAAUAUACAAGAGCCCGGUUCAUAGAGUGGUGCUUAACAACGAAAAGGCAAGGAUAUCUGUGGUAACGUUUUGUGAUGCUGAUGAAGACAAAGAGAUUCAACCUGUAACUGAGCUUGUGUCUGAGGCUAGACCAAGAUUGUACAAAGCAGUUAAGAAGUCUGAGAAGAACUUCUUCAAUUACUAUCAACAAGGUCGAAGACCGAUCGAAGCUGCAUUUCUCUGAAUGAAAAAACAUCCACUCUCCUCCUGGUUUUAAAAAAUGUAUCUGUUUCUUUAGUUACUUGAUCUUUGAAAAGAAGACUGUUUUGCUUUCUUUGUUGGAACGUGAGAUUGCAUGUGUGUUUGUGUUGUAAUAAUACCAUGACUUCAUGAGGGUAUAUGAGGUUCAUCUUCCUAGCUAAAACAUAUUAAGCCUGAAGAGCUUCUAACUUGAUAAUUUGGGUCUGUUUAAAUUGUUGA